UGUAUUCUCUCAUAUUUUUGCAUUCGCUUUUAAGCGCUUACUUUCUCUCUGUAUAGCCAGCCUCCCUCUCUGCACUAUUUGUUAGAUUCAAAAGCAGCUCUUAAUAGAUAUCCAGUGCUUGUACAUCCCAUUUUGACCAGCUUGUAAAGGGGCUUUUUAUGUUUUUAAGGUGGACAUUCUUUGAUAAGAAAACAAAUAUUCUAGUAAUUAGAUAUUCUCGUGUAGAAGAUUCAGUUUGUAUGCAUUUACACAUGAAAUGGGUUCUCGAGGAAGGCCAGUAUUUGAUCUUAAUGAACCCCCAGCUGAGGAUGAUGAGGAGACCGAUCAUGUUGUAUGCUUGCAGCCACACAAGGCACUUCCUUCUGCAAAUCCCCACCAUUCUGACUUAUUUGUAGCAUCAAUGGGCCCCAAAGGAUUAAACAAUAAUCAUGCCUUUUCACAUGCAUCAUCUGUAUCUGGUUUUCAGCCCUUUGUUCGACACAAGGUUGCUUAUGGCCCUGAAAUGGGUUUGGAAAAGAAGAUGGCUGGGGAACAGAAUCCCAAGUUUGCAUCACCAGCAAAAACAAUUACUGAUGAUGAUAAGAAAGAAGCACCAUCUCUAGUUUCUGGUUCUGCAAACAUUAAGGCCAUUGAAAGAGAAGAAGGUGAGUGGUCUGAUGCAGAGGGCUCUGCUGAUGCCUGUGCUGGCAGUAGUAUGUGCGAACAGGGCAAAGCUUCUCAAGAUCAAGUAAAGUCUGAAUUAGAAGGCUGUACUUCUGGUGCAGUUUCCAUGAAUGAUUCUAGCAGUGUUAAGGUUAUUGAUAAUGCCAAUGCUGAAAGUAGUGGCCGUGUUUCACCUGGACUGGGUCAAGGUCAGAAUGAUCAUAAAAGUAACAAUAGUCGAACUUCAAAUGGCAAUGCAAAUGGUGAUGUAUCAAUGGAUGGUCAGGAGGAAAUUGCCUCAGUCUCAAAACAAUGUGAAGCUAGAGGUAUGGAAGCAAGCCAUGCACUUAAGUCUUCAAAUAAUCUGGGAAAGAGGAAGAUAGAUCAACACAAAGAAGCAAUGCUGGGUAAAAAGCGUAAUAGACAGACCAUGUUGAUUAAUAUAGAUGAAGCCAAGCAAGCUGGAAGCAUGAAAAGUUCAACACCAAGAAGGCAGCCAACUGUCACUCGUACUGUGAAGGAAGUUCGUAAUGGUCCUCCACCUGCUGAACGCGUUGGAGAAAGGCCUAGCCAUCCCAUAAUUAAGGAUCAGAAACAAGCUGAUCUGCCAUGUAAUGGUGGUGGCAAUUCUGUGGAGUCUUGUCUACCAAAAUCUGAAUGUACUGGCAGUGUAAAUUCCGUACAACCAGCUAAGAAUAGGAAAGUGAAUGGCGACUCUGAUUUUUCUGUAGACUCACACCUGCCACCUAUCCCGAAACAGAAUUCAUGGAGAGAGCCUGCCGAGAGUUCGUGGAAGCAUCCUGCUGAUUCAAGGCAGCCAAAAAAUUCACAAUUCUCUAACAGGAAGCCUGCUCUUACCAGCCAAAGUUCCAUGGAUUCAAAGUUGGGAAACAAGAAAUACCUUCCUGUGAAAAAGCCAACUGUAGCCAGUACCUCCUACCAGGACACAUCAGUGGAGCGUCUCAUACGGGAGGUGACUAAUGAGAAGUUUUGGCAUCACCCAGAGGACUCUGAGCUCCAAUGUGUUCCUGGUCACUUUGAGUCUGUGGAAGAAUAUGUAAAAGUAUUUGAGCCUUUGCUUUUUGAGGAAUGCCGAGCACAACUUUACAGCACCUGGGAGGAGUCAGCUGAAACCAAUGCACAUGUUAUGGUUCGUAUAAAGAGCAUUGAAAGGCGGGAAAGAGGAUGGUAUGAUGUCAUCAUUCUUCCAGUAAAUGAGUGCAAGUGGACAUUCAAGGAGGGUGAUGUUGCAGUUCUUUCUACUCAAAGGGCUGGAAUAGCAGUAAGAUCCAAGAGGAACAACUCCUCGUCAUCAAAUGAAGAUGAAGAAGAGCCUGAGAUCAGUGGACAUGUGGCUGGCACUGUUAGAAGACACAUCCCUUUGGAUUCUCGUGAUCCUCCUGGUGCAAUCCUUCACUUUUAUGUAGGGGACUCCUAUGAUCCUCACAGAAAGGCUGAUGAGGAUCAUAUUUUGAGGAAAUUUCAACCUAGAGGCACCUGGUAUUUGACUGUCCUUGGUUCGCUUGCAACCACCCAGCGGGAGUAUGUUGCUUUGCAUGCAUUUUGCCGUCUUAAUUUACAGAUGCAAACUGCAAUCCUAAAGCCCAGUCCAGAUCACUUCCCAAAAUAUGAGCAGCAGACCCCAGCCAUGCCUGAAUGCUUUACACAGAAUUUUGUUGACCAUUUGCGUAGGACAUUCAAUGGACCCCAGCUGGCUGCAAUCCAGUGGGCUGCAAUGCAUACUGCUGCUGGUACAAGUAGUGGGGUAACUAAGAGGCAAGAACCAUGGCCCUUUACUCUUGUACAAGGGCCUCCAGGGACUGGUAAGACGCAUACUGUCUGGGGAAUGCUAAAUGUCAUCCAUCUGGUUCAGUAUCAGCAUUACUAUACCUCAUUGCUUAAGAAACUGGCACCGCAGAGUUAUAAGCAUGCCAAUGAAAGCAAUCCUGACAAUAUUGCUAUGGGGUCAAUUGAUGAAGUUCUUCAUAACAUGGACCAGAAUCUCUUCCGCUCCCUUUCAAAACUCUGUCCAAAGCCCAGAAUGUUAGUCUGUGCUCCUUCUAACGCUGCAACUGAUGAACUUCUUGCACGUGUUCUUGAUCGCGGAUUUAUUGAUGGUGAGAUGAAAGUUUACAGGCCUGAUGUGGCCAGAGUUGGGGUUGAUUCACAAUCACGUGCUGCUCAGGCAGUUUCUGUUGAGCGGAGAACUGAACAACUUUUAAUCAAGAGCCGCGAAGAAAUUUCAAAAUGGAUGCAAGAUUUAAGAGUUCAGGAAGCUCAUUUCUCGGCACACAUCGCUGACCUUCAAAAUAAGCUUAAUGUUGCAGCAGUGGACGGUCGUUCCCAAGGAUCUGUUGGUGUUGAUCCUGAUAUCCUCAUGGCUAGGGACCAAAACCGAGAUGCAUUACUUCAGAACCUUGCAGCUGCUGUUGAAAGCAGGGAUAAAGUUCUAGUUGAGAUUUCUCGUCUUCUCAUUUUAGAACCCAGAUUUCGUGCUGGUAGCAAUUUUAAUCUGGAAGAAGCCCGUGCUAGUCUAGAGGCAAGUUUUGCCAAUGAGGCUGAGAUUGUUUUCACUACUGUCUCAAGCAGUGGUCGUAAGUUGUUCUCUCGGCUCACUCAUGGUUUUGAUAUGGUAGUUAUUGACGAGGCAGCUCAAGCCAGCGAAGUAGCUGUUCUUCCUCCACUCGCGCUUGGUGCUGCAAGGUGUGUUCUUGUUGGCGAUCCUCAGCAGCUUCCUGCAACAGUUAUCAGUAAGGCAGCUGGAACCUUGUUAUACAGUAGAAGUCUUUUCGAAAGGUUUCAGCAAGCAGGGUGCCCAACAAUGUUAUUAUCUGUACAAUAUAGGAUGCAUCCUCAAAUACGAGAUUUCCCUUCACGGUACUUUUACCAAGGACGUCUCACUGACAGUGAAAGUGUUGUUAAUUUACCUGAUGAAACAUACUACAAGGACCCUUUACUUAGACCUUAUCUAUUCUAUGAUGUUACUCAUGGGCGGGAGUCACACAGAGGUGGAUCGGUAUCUUAUCAGAACGUUCAUGAAGCACAAUUUUGUCUUCAGUUGUAUGAGCAUCUUCAGAAAUCUUUAAAAUCCUUGGGCAUGGGAAGAAUCUCGGUUGGCAUAAUAACUCCAUAUAAGUUGCAGUUGAAAUGCCUCCAGCAAGAGUUUUUAGCUGUUUUAAAGUCUGAAGAAGGGAAAGAUAUCUAUAUUAAUACUGUUGAUGCUUUCCAAGGCCAGGAGCGUGAUGUCAUUAUUAUGUCUUGUGUACGGGCCUCAAAUCACGGUGUUGGCUUUGUUGGUGAUAUCCGGCGAAUGAAUGUUGCUCUUACCCGUGCCAGAAGGGCUCUAUGGGUCAUGGGGAAUGCCAAUUCUCUUGUGCGAUCGGAUGACUGGGCUGCAUUAAUUUCUGAUGCUAAAGCAAGAAAAUGUUAUAUGAAUAUGGACUCCCUCCCCAAAGAUUUUUUAGUUUCAAAAGGAGUACUGGGGAAAGGUUCUUCCAAUGUAAGGGGUUUGAAGUUAGGUGGCCGGAGACACAGAUCAUUUGAUAUGCACAUGGAAUCCAAAUCAAGGAUGCCAUCAGAGGACGAUGAGGAUUCAGGUGCAUCUGUAAUUUCCAGGAAUGGGAGUUACAGGCCUUUUAAGCCAGCAGUGGACAGUUCGGUAGAUGGAUUUGAUCAAUCAGGUGAUAAAUCAAGAGAUGCCUGGCAAUAUGGUAUACAGAAGAAGCAGGGUUCCUCAGCGAUCAUAGGAAAGAGGGACUCUUAGAAGUGUUGGUGGUUGUCCGCAAAUUCUUUUUGAACUUUGGGGUAGUGAUGCCAUAUAUAUAUUCCCUGAAUUUGUGAUGCUGUCUCCUACUGCGCGAAAAGGCCUUUUGAAACUUGCUACUCAUUUUGAUGCGCACCUGCCAAACUCAUCCGGACCUAGUUCCCAACUCAGGCUGCUUAUGCCAGCUGCUUCUGCUAAACAGAAUGUGAAACAAAAAAGUGGGGCUGCACUAAUGACUAAGGUAAACUGAUAAACAAGUCAAGAUGAUUGCUUUUGCAGCAUAUCCGUUGGGUCCAAUUUAUUCCUGCAAUAUCUACAAGGGUUGGGGGUGCUUUUGGGUAGGUUGUGGGAGAUCAUACCCUCAAGGGACCAGCUUCCUGGUUCAAAGGUGAGAAAUUAUUGUUAGUUGCCAUAAUAUCUCGUCUCAUUUAAGCUUAUGGUCUGGUGAUCACUGCAUACAUUGCAUAUGCUUUUGGAUUUGCUUGAAUACCAGGAAUUGGUUGGUGGCAUCGAGAUGAUUUUUGCAUACGAAGUUGCAAUGAAGUUCAAAUGGAGAAAUUACUUUCAAUUUGGGAGUUGGAGGCUCCCAGUCGUGCAACUCCCUUUUUGGAGCUCUCUUAUUGCAACGGACUCAUCGGUUCUUUAUCUGUAUCAGAGCUUCGACAAAAGAGUUAACAUUUGGAAGAUGCCUGUGUACAUUAAUUUUUUGGCGUGCAAAUGCGCACCAGGACUGCGUCUGAAGGGUAAGUAAGGUAUGCCUGCAACAGAUGGGAGAUUCGCAAAAUUCUGUAUAGGAAAAAAAGGAAAGUAUAGGAUUUGUUUUACUAAAAAUCUAAAAAAUUCAAUACUAGAGGCAUUUUCAACUGACUUUGUACAUACAGUUUUAACAUAAAGGAAAGUAGUAAAUUUUUUAUUUUUUUGAUUUCGGCGAGAUAAUUAUUUUCUGAGAAAAAAAGAGUUGUAUUUU